GGACUCCUGCUAUAAAAGGUCACCGGGAGCACCGGGGAGAUCACUGCAGUCGACUCGACUCUUGUCCGUGUCAUCCGUACCCUGCAAAAAGCAAAGACAACCGAGCUCAAAAUGGCCUUCGCGGGUUUGAAGGAUGCUGACAUCACUGCAGCCCUGAAUGCGUGCAAAGCCGCUGACUCAUUCAACCACGUCGCGUUCUUCAAGGCCUGUGGUCUGGCCGGCAAGAGCGCCGAUGACGUCAAGAAGGCCUUCGCCAUCAUUGAUCAGGACAAGAGUGGCUUCAUUGAGGAGGAGGAGCUGAAGCUGUUCCUGCAGAACUUCAGCGCCGGCGCACGGGCACUGACCGAUGCCGAAACCAAGGCUUUCCUCAAGGCUGGUGACAGCGACGGUGACGGCAAGAUUGGCGUUGAUGAGUUCGCUGCCUUGGUUAAGUCAUAAAGUGGCAAGUGACCAACAACACCUGCUCUGAUGGAACAACGAUGCCCACGUCGACCUCCCCCUUUUCAUCCGAAUAUAAGUGAUUUUUAUACAUCCUCCUGUGCAACACACUGUCCAAACUGAUGAUUGUGAAUGUCGCUCGGUUGUGUUCAUGUCUUAAAUAUGAAUUUUGCUUACUGUAAAAUCUAUGAUGCACUUUCCAGGAACGAACAGUAAAAAAGAAUAAAUAUUCUUUUGCUACGGUC